GAUGGUCGCUGGUAUCGGUUCAACCUAUUUGAGCGCUAGAUCUGGCGCGCAUCAGAGAAACGGCGUUCUGUUUCCUACCAAUAAGGACCAACCGACGCCGACUGGUGUUCCUAGGUGCUAAUGGUGCUCCUUACCCCGAGUUCUGGAUUGCGCCUGUUAGUGUUGGCGAUGUCCUCGACAUUUGGGUAAACGAGUGAGAGGGACCAAUGGGAUGGGACAAGUACAUGCUUGUUUUUUUAUCUGAUGCAGAAGUGCAGCCAGGCAUUCUUAGGAGCCAACUUUUUAGCAUCUGGGUCAGCUAGGCAGCCCAACUAUUGCGCCCAAAGGAUUGAAUAGCUCAUUAUUAGAUAAACAUUUUGGGCCUCAAGGUCCUUCAACCAAAUAUUCCCGACCUCAGUUCCAAACAAAUAAUUCUUCGGAGUCUUAGUUCAAAAGAAAAAUAAUAAUAACAAUUCUUCAGAGUCUUAUGGUUCAUUUUUUGGGCCUUGAGCCCAUUAGGUAAGUAUAUGGGCCUUUAGUGCCCAUAAUAGAAAUGAUUUUCUCUCGAAUCGUUUGUCAUCUAGGCCCACGGAGACUCAUUAAGACAACAUUUUAAAUCUCAAGCCCAAGGGCCUAAUUGGUUAAGUUAUCGGGGCAUAGAUGGCCAUUAACGGAAGUUUUUGAACGAUGAGCCCGUAUUCCAUCUGUUGCGCGGGCUUACAGAGCACAUGGUUAACUGGUUCUGUUGGGCCCAUUACGAUAGAAUUUAAACUCCAAUUGUCAGGAAAUUGGGGCUUAUUGGGCCCAAAUGGGUGAGUUAUUUGGGCCUAUCAGCCCAUUAAGUGAAGUUACUGAGCCCAAUCAGGCCCAAUAAAUUAAGUCAUUUGGCUCAUCAUAUGAAGUUACCUGAGCCCAUCAGGCCUGUUAAGUAGCCUCACUUGAGACAAGAAUUAGUGGUGUGAGACAAGAAGAUCCCGGGGCAUUAGUUGAGGAUGAAGAGGCAGCUGCUGUCCAAGAGCAAGUCAGACAAAUAAAGGCUCAGGAGGAGGAAUUUGAGAUCUUCAACCUCAAGAUUGUGCAUAGAAAAAACAGGCAUGCCUUAUAAAUUAUUAUUAACAUCAACUCUAAUGUACAUCCAUCCAACUUUUGCAAAUUAGAUACUUAACCUAUAUGUUGUGCAUAGGUUAAUCAUGGAAAGCACGAUUUAUUCUUGGGGUCUCCUUCAUCUCAACAUAAUAUGGUGGAAGGGGGAUUGUAAUCCUGUUGUACAUGAUGUGUGAUAAUUCAAUUUUAUAGCUAUUUUAGUAGCUAUACUACAGCUAGUAAAAGAGUUGGAUAUCCAAUUAUGGUUGGCUUGUAAUGUGAGCUGUGUUGUAUGUGUAUCAAAGUUUGGAGCAAGGCAGGCACUUUCGUUGUUUCGAUUUUGCAGCAUGCCACGGUUACGAUGGAUAAAGCUUUUGCAAAGCU